AUGUGCUCUGAAUUCCUCAUCUCACAUCAGCGAAUCCACACGGGAGAGACACCCUACACGUGCUCUGUGUGUGGGAAAAGCUUCAACCAGGGCUCAAGCCUUAUUAGACAUCAGCAAAUCCAUACUGGGUGGACACCCUACACAUGCUCGGAGUGCGGGAAAUGUUUCAGUUAUAGAUCAGCCCUUCGCAUACAUCAGAGAAUUCACACAGGUGACAGACCCUAUGGAUGCUCUGAGUGUGGGAAACGCUUCAUGGAUCGUUCAGCCCUCAUCACACAUGAGAGAAUCCACACAGGAGAGAGACCCUACAUGUGCUCUGAGUGUGGGAAAAGCUUCAAUCAGAGCUCAAACCUUAUCAGACAUCGGACAAUCCACAGAGGAGAGACGCCCUACACAUGCGCUGAGUGUGGGAAGAGUUUUAAGCAGAGCUCUGCCCUGAUCACACAUCAGAGAAUCCACACAGGGGAGGUGCCCUACACGUGCUCUGAGUGUGGGGAACGCUUCAGUUAUAGCUCAGCCCUCGUCUCACAUCAGAGAAUCCACAGGGGAGAGACGUCCUACACAUGCUCUGAGUGUGGGAAAAGCUUCAGUCGGAGCUCCAGCCUUAUUAGACAUCAGAAAAUCCACAUGUGAGAUAACUGUAAUAAAUGCCUUGAUUCCGGCUGGCCAAAGAUUGUUUUUAAAAAGAUCACAAAUGCGAAUUCCCACAGAGCGACCUUUGCACCAUGUUCAGCGUGGUCUCUCAGCUCCCCUAGAUGAAUUGCCUGCUUCUGCCUUUUGCAG